AUGUCCAACCCAUUACCGCGACGACUCUCUCUGCGAUUUGCGGAUGUGGCAGUUACCUACACAGCUGACCAGUUCCACGGCAUCUACCGCGGCAAAAAAUACCACGAGUGCGACUUUACGGAAGUCAUCCGAAGAGCCCAAGAAUAUGGCUGUAAGAAGAUGAUGCUGACGACCAUGUCGCUACCCGGCGCACAUACCAAUCUACAACUCGCAAGACAGUACCCCGACAUAUGCACCUUAACUCUAGGUGUGCACCCCUACCACGCAAAUGAGAUCUACACUCAAGACGCGGGAAAGUCGUAUCUCAGCGACCUGAAAAGGCUUGGAGAGCAACUGCUAGCCGAAAUACCUUCCCCACUUGUGGCAUUCGGCGAGAUUGGAUUGGACUAUGAGUAUCUCGACCGCGCCGAUAAGGAAACGCAGCAGCGGGCAUUCCGCGAUCAACUCAACUUAGCCGUUGAGAUGCAGCUGCCUCUAUUUCUGCACAUGCGUGAAUCCUGCGCCGAUUUCGUCAGUAUCCUUUCGCCGUAUCUGCCUCGCUUACCCCGGGGCGGGCUUGUACAUUCCUUUUCCGGAUCUAAAGCGGAGAUGGAGCAGCUUGUCAAGCUUGGAAUGGAGAUUAGCGUGAGUGGAAUCAGUUUCCGAACGGAAAAGCAGCUGGACAUGGUGCGUCAUAUACCACUGGACAAGCUGCAGUUGGAAACAGAUGCACCCUGGUGCGAGGUGUUGGCCAAUGAUGAGAAGAUUGCGGCGUACCUGGAAACAGCACGACCGCUGCCUCCGUCCCGGAAACCCCAGAAGUUCCUUGCUGGGCGGAUGGUCAAGUCGCGUAAUGAGCCGUGUACCAUUGAACGGGUUGCGAUGGUUGUAGCUGGUUUAAAGGGAGUCCCAGUGGAGACUGUAGCGGAAGCAGCGUGGAACAACAGCGUACGGAUGUUUGGUUUGAGAGCUCAAGAAUUAGUAUCUUAG